AUCACCUACGAAAAAUAUUAAUUGAUAAUCAGAGGAGUAAAAAUGAGGACAUGUCUCACCCUCACGGGUUUCCUUCUGAUUUCAAUGGCCACCAUUUCGGUGGGCCUCCAACCGAUGGGAGCACCUACAAGAAAAUGCGACGCAACAAAUUCGUUCCAGUGUCAAGAUGGCCGAUGCAUACCGAUGUCGUGGCGUUGUGAUGGAGAUAUCGACUGCCAGAAUGAAGAAGAUGAGAAAAAUUGUCCAAUUUCAGAAGUUUGUGGCGCCGAAGAACACAAAUGCGGAGAAGUCAAAUCUGCUCGAUCAUCGUUGGAAAGAUUCAAGUGCAUUCCGAACAAAUGGGUGUGUGAUGGAGAAUUCGACUGUGAAGAUAAAUCGGACGAAUUCCAAUGCAAAAACGUAUCAUGCCAAGAAAAACAGUUUCAAUGUGAAGAACUCUCUGGUGAUUAUAGUUUGUGCAUUCCUGAAACAUGGGUUUGCGAUGGUCAAAGAGACUGUACGAAUGGCAAAGACGAACAGAAUUGCACGUCAAAAACGUCUAAAUGUCCGGAUAACAACUUCCAGUGUAGCAAUGGAAAUUGUAUUUUCAAAAACUGGGUUUGUGAUGGGGAAGAAGAUUGCUCAGAUGGCUCAGAUGAAUUGCUCACUGCUCCAUCCAAUUGUAACCGAACAGUUAAUCAAUGCCCUCCCGGAGAAAUGUGGAAGUGUGGAUCCGGUGAAUGCAUUCCAUCAAGAUGGCGAUGCGACGCAGAAGUCGAUUGCAAAGAUCAUUCCGAUGAGAAGAAUUGUACUGCUAUUCAACACACGUGCAAGUUAGCAGAGGAAUUCGCUUGUAAAGCUUCACACAACUGCAUCAACAAGGCUUUCGUAUGUGAUGGAGAACUUGAUUGUUCCGAUGGAUCCGACGAAGAUGAUUGUGCUGACGUUCGGACCGAGUGUAAAUCCGGAGAGCGUACCUGCCCAGCUUCAUACGGUGCAUAUGGCGCCGAGUCAGGUCACGUUGUGUGUAUUCCUGCAUCGUCAUGGUGCAAUGGAGAAGAGGAUUGUCCAGAUGGUGGUGAUGAGAAAGAAUGUAAUAUGACUGCUCCUGUCACAUGCCAGAAAGGAACCGAAUAUGAAUGUCCAUCUACUCCAUUGCAAUGUAUUGAAAUGUCAAAAUUGUGUGCUAGUGCUCAAUUUGAUUGUGGGGAUGGAAAUAUGUCUGUUUGUAGCCAGAAAAAGAUCAUUGAAAUGUGCAAACCAAGUUCAGAAGGAUGUGUCUGCCGUCCAUCGUUUGUCCGAGGAAAUAAUGUUUGUCACUGUAAAGAUGGUUACAAACUCGAAAACGGACAGUGCAUUGAUAUUAACGAAUGUGAAAUUGCUGGCGUUUGUGAUCAAAUUUGUCUCAAUAUUCCCGGUUCCUAUCGUUGUGCUUGUCAUGCUGGAUAUCAGAUUAGUUUCGGAGAUACUAAAAUUGGAUCAGGAAGAAUUGCUAACAAAUGUCGUGCUAUGGGAGGUGAUCCAUUGGUUCUUCUUACCAACAGACAUACGAUCAGACAAUUUGAUCUUGUCAAUAAAAUGCACUUCCCUGUUUCCAGUAGUCCUGGUUCUGCGGUUGCCAUGGAUUUCCACAUCUUGAACGGGACACUGAUUUGGUCUGACGUGUUGUCAAAGCAAAUUCUGAAAUGUUCGAUUGGAAACGUGUCAAACGCAUUUUUGGGAACCGAUAUGUGCGAUAAGAAGCAUGAAAUCGUUCUCACAGGAGACAAGAUUCAUACUCCAGAUGGACUUGCAGUUGAUUGGGUUCAUGAUCUCCUUUUCUGGACAGAUGGAGGCCUUGAUCAAAUUAAUGUUCUCGAUAUGAAAAAUGGAAAGCAGCGUGUCCUUUAUUCUUCCGACUUGGAAGAACCGAGAGCUAUUGCAGUUGAUCCUGAAGUUGGACUCAUUUUCUGGACUGAUUGGGGAAAGAAGGCGAGAAUCGAAAGAUCUGGAAUGGAUGGACAACAUCGUACUGUUAUUGUUGAGGGAGAUCGUGUUGUAUGGCCGAAUGGAUUGGCUUUGGAUUAUGUUGAUAAGCGUGUCUAUUGGGCUGAUGCCAAGAUCAAGUCAAUCUUCAGUUGUGAUUAUUGGGGCAAAAAUAUCAAGACCGUAUUGCAUUCUCAUCAAUAUCUAAGGCAUCCAUUCUCAAUGGCUGUUUUCGAAGACCGACUCUUCUACACAGAUUGGGAGCAUGAUGGUGUUAUCACUGUUAACAAGUUCACUGGAGCUGAUAUUCGUACUGUUAUGGAUCAAGUGAAGUCUCCAAUGACUGUACGCAUCUACCACAAACAAGCACAACCACUUAUGCAGAACAAGUGUGAAAACUCGGAAUGUGAUCAUCUCUGCCUGCCGAGAGCCGUUUACCGUGAGAAAGAACGUGUUCAUGAAAAAACUUGGCACGACAGACCGUUCUCGUGUGCAUGCGAAGGAACGACUGCUUCUGAUGUUCUGGAAUGUUUCGCUGACUUGGAAACAAAAUCCGGAAUCUCGAUGUUCACGAUUUUCCUUCUUUUAUGUGUUGGUGGAGUUGUGGCCGCUGGAUUUGUGAUUGUUCGUCGGAAGAUGGGACCUCGUACAUUUACCGCUCUCAAUUUUGACAAUCCAAUUUAUCGUCGAACCACCGAAGAAGCUGAUCAUCAGAUGGAAGAUCCAUUCCGUGAUCCUUUUGCUGAACCACGGAAUGGAAGAGGGCGUAACGAUGGAUUACCAACUCUUGCAUCUGCUGACAAUGAAACACGGGCUGACGCAUUGAGCUUCUGAGCCAAUUCGUAUUGUAAAGUAUAUAUUUUCCUAUAAAUUUAUUUGCACCCUUCCCUUAUUGUACAGAUUGCCCAUUUUCUCUUCUCAUUUCAUGUCACUUUUAAAUUGUGUUCUUUCCUUUCUGUUCUUGUGAAAAUUUUAUAUUUUGUUUCAUCAAUUUCCCAUUCUUGAUUUUUCAUGUGCAAUUGACUCAAAUCUGAGAAAUCACUGUGAAGACGUGUAGAUCCAAACUGUGAAAAUUUCCAAAAAUCCUCCAAAUUUUGCGUGUUUAUCUAUUCCGAAUGGUUUGGAUAGUAUUUUGCAUCGAGUCUAGAUUUCAUGUAUUCAUUGCUUUCAUUAUUCUCAUUGCUAUAUCAUUAUUUUCUGUGUGCUCCAUCCAAUUCACCCGGUUAUCGAGCUUUUUCCAAAUGUUUUUAUGUAGUAUUUCCUCGUUUUUUCUACUCUGAAGCUGGUAAUUUUGAGUUUUCCUGACUGUCGACCCCCGAGAACUGAUGCAUAUACCCUUGUCUAUCUGCCCCUUCCCCUCCCCUUCCUCUCAUCAACGGAUUUAUUCAAUAAAUGAUUGUCUUGGU